AUGUCAUCUGCUGGAUUGGCAACCGAGAUUGGUGAAUUUGCUUGGACAGCCAAGGCCACUCCUGGGACCGAUGGCAUCCUGGUGAAGGAAGAGGAGGAGGAGCAGGCGGAGGAGGAGCAGGCGGAGGAGGAGGAGCAGGAGCAAGAGGAGGGGCAAGAAGAGGGGGUGAGGUAA